AUGGCUUCUAGUCUCCAUGGCCGCGUGCGUAUCGUGGCAGGGCCGUACGGCCGUUACGUCGCGGUCUCGACGUACAAGCACGAUACCUGGCAGGUAUAUGUCGCAUUUGAGCCUUCUGUGUUUGGUGAUCGUGUGCGAUGGUGGGGCCGAUCCGUAGCGUGGCCCGAAUUAGGGCAUCCACCACCGACACCCACUGACGUGAGUGAGUCGUGGUGUAAGCGUCAAAUGCAAGUCGAAGUGGUGGAUUAUGAUACGCCAGAAGAGGAGGAGGGAGGGCGCGAAGAAUCAUGUAUGCUUCAAUUGUGCCUUACGAGCGGACUGAUUCGUAUCGAGCUGCCGCCGUGCACAGAUCGAGCUGCAGCCCAAGUCAGUGUCCAUGUUUUGGCUGAGCUAUCUGAGCGAUGCGUAGCACAAGAAAAUGUGAUGCAGAUGCAACAGAAUACCUCAAAUGACGCUCUCUCACUUCUCCAAGCAGAACUCGAGUCUGAGCGAGCCAAGUAUCGUGAGCUAUUGAUGGCGGAUCGACCAGUACGAGCGUCGUACGCAUCAAAAUCACUUGUGCACCCAGGUCACAUUCGCCGCCAGAACGAUGUAGGUGGCUUUGAGGGUGAUUAG